UUCUUUUUGGUUUCAUUCGAAGACAAUGCGAAUGCAGCUGCUUAAAUAUUACAUUUCUCAUUCGAAGAAGAAAGGUAUAUUUCGAUUUAUACAUGUAGAACAAUUUACAUUGUGUUCCAAGGCUUUCUGCUCAGUAUUCCGGGUAAACAAAAACACGCUUUCACGUGCAAUACAAAUGAACAGCAAAAAUGUUGCAACAGUUCCGGGAAAAAAUCCUAGAGAUAUGUCAGAAAAAACAUUGUUACUUAUUAACUGGCUGGAGGAUUAUGGAACCUACCAUGGAGACAGAAUGCCAGAUACGGUAGAUAUUCUCCUUCCAUACAAAACUGUGAAAACGGAUUUAUACUGGAAGUAUAACACAGAGAGCAGACAGUGGUUGGAGCAUCCAGUCAGCAGAUCCCAGUUUUUUAAAAUUUGGGAACAAUUUUUUCCACAUUUGAAGAUAAAAAAGACUAAUUCAUUUUCUAAGUGUACAACAUGUACAACAUUGGAACGCCAAUUAGAGAAAACAACAUGUGUACAAACAAGAGCCGAGUACAAAAAGCAGAAAGAUGAACAUAAUAAAAGACAAAUGCUUGAGCGAAAAUACUAUUACAGAAAAAGGAAUGCUAGUAGGAAGAACCCAGAUGCAUAUAUGUCUUUGAUAGUUGAUGGUAUGGAUCAAUCAAAGACAAAUCUACCUCAUUUCACUGGGCGCUUACCAAAGAAUAUCAAAGGAACAGAUUUAUUGAAGACACAUAUCACAGGAGUGAUCAAUCAUGGUCAUGGUGGCUUCCAUACAUAUGUUGACCUGAAUGAAUAUCCUCAUGAUCCAAAUCUUACUAUUAACGUUUUACUGAAGAUGUUGAAGAGAACUGCACAGCAACAUAUGAAUCAACUUCCUCCUGUAUUAUACAUCCAGGCAGAUAACUGCGGGAGGGAAAAUAAAAAUCGCUAUGUUAUGGCAUUUUGUGAGCUUCUGGUCACGGAAAGGAUUUUUGAUGAGGUACACUUGUCUUUCUUGUACGUUGGACACACGCAUGAAGAUGUGGAUGCGGCCUUCAGUCAUGUAGCAGAACGAUUAAGGAAGACAGAUGUUGAAAUUUUACAGGAUUUGUUUGAUUUGUUACCAAGUUCAGAAGCGAUUGAUAUUAUGUUUGACAUUAAAAGUUGGCUCUCACCAGAAAUUAAAGAACUUGUUGGUGUUAGUUCACCUUUACAUUACAAAUUUAGUAGUGUAAAUGAGAGAAUUUCAUUGUUUUAUAAAGGGCAGCAUAAUUGCCCCUGGAUUCCUAUGGAAGAAAAUAUUUUAAAAUCAGUUCCAAAGGGUGAACCUUCAAUUCUCUUGCCAGAUUUUUCUAGAAUUGAUAAGCAGAAACAAUUAAAACAAGUUGAAGCUGUAAAAAAUUUAUUCAGAAAAUCAAAUUCACUCUCUAAAUGGCAAGAAUUUUAUGAGAAAAUCGGAGAAAGUCAAGAAAACAAUAAAAAUAGUGCUGUGUGGAUUAUGAAUGAAUUGCCAAGGCAGAAACCGAGAGAAAUGAGCAUAGAUAUAGAAAUCCCAGAGGAAAUUAGAAAGCAGAUUGAAAAAGAAACAGUUAUACCAAAGGUGACAGUAAAGAAACCAAGGAGAUUAGCACACACAGCAGAUAGAAGAAACACAGCCAAUAAAAGGAGAAAGACACAAAACAGUGGAACCAAAAAUACUGGGCAAACAAAGAAGAAAAACCCAAAGAGUAAGACCAACUCAUCCACAAAGGGCCAUGCUCGUAAACGAUUGAGGAAGAUGUCAUACAGGCUAGUUCAGAUACCACUACUGGAUGAGAUAAAGAAACAUAUCUGGCUUCUAAUUUUGUUAGAUUUGUUUGAAAAAUGUAUGAUUAUGUUUUUGUUUCUUUUGAUCUUCCUGAAUUAUAUAAAGCUCUGCUGUUUAUUGGAAUUGUUACAUUAUCUAAUGGCAUUGUUCGCUUCUUUAGUGGAAAGUCAUACUGGACACUUAGCCUUGAGCAUUACAGUUAAUGAGAGUAUUAAACAUGGAUACAGAGUUAGCUGUGUUGUUUAAAAUGUGAUCAAGUUAUUACGAUAUUGAUAAAUGAAUCGAAAUAUCCAGUGACUUAAAUCAGAUCGGGUAUGUUUAAAGGUCAACACAGUUGUAUUGUUUAAUUAGUAGAAUUUUACUGUCAGAUAUACACAUAUUACUUAGUGUUUUUCUUUUGUACCUGGAAUUUUUGAUUGAAAAUGUUUUUGUGUUUCGAUUUGGUUGAACAUAAAAUUUUAUUAUAAACCUUCGUGUUAUAUGUGAUGGUUUUAGUUCUGCCUGUUCGUGUGACCUGAAGUGAGGGCAUAACAUCAAUUAUAAAACUUAGAAUUAUGCUUGUUACUGGUAUACUAAUAGCACAAAAGUUGCAAGGAAACUGUUAUAUUCCAUGUAUUGGAUGUUCAGUCAGUCUGCUCCACUACAUUUCUUAAAGUUCAUUUGACAAUGGUUUUUGUGUAAAUUAAUUUGAAACAAUAUUAGGACCUUGAAUGAUAUUGGGCAAAUUAUGGAUCUAUACAUUUUCAUGUUUUAAAUUUAUGCAUCAUAACUGAAUGGUGUAAAUUAAGAGAAUUGAAAAAUACCAGCCUUGUAUUUUGUUUUCGAUAAGGUUGAUGUUACACUCUUACUUAAUGAAAACAUUUUAAGUAUUUACACUGUUCAGAUAGUAAGUUACAUUCUGGUAUGGUUCUUUAUCAAGAUUGUUCAAAUGGUUGAGCUUGGCCACUUUUAGGGGCCACCAGAGCAACAAGAGAAAAAUGAACAAUUUCUCCUUAUUUGACAACUUUAUGCAUCUUAUGAAACAUUGUUUAUAUGAGGUCAUGUCUUAAGUAUGUUCAAAUGUGGCAUCUUUUUGCUUGAAUGACAUCUUUAUAAGGUCCACUAUCAAAUUUGUUAAAAUGUGGGCAAGGGGCCGUAGAACUUAAAUAAACAACAGAAAAUACAUUUAUUAACUCUUCUCAUGAAUCUCAUGUUAACUUUGGUCUUAAUCACUCUUAGUAUUUAACAUCAUGUUGGCUCCCAAAUAUGUUGAGAUAGGGGCUUUACUGGCCUAUUAAGGGCCUCUAGUACUAAAAUGAAUAUACAUUUGAAAUAGUUUCAGGGCACCUUGGGUCUUCCUCCACCAUUAAAGCUGGAAAGUCGCCAUAUGACCUAUCAUGUGUUGGUGCCAGUUAAAUCUAACAAAAUAAAUUAAUUAAAAAGUUUCUUUUCAUGAACCGCUUGAUUAAUCUGUAUCAAACAGUAUCAAUACAAUCAUUAUAAGGUCAUCUCCAAACCAGGUGCUACAUCUCUUAUAGGACAAAAGUUUUUGAAAUAGAAACACAUUUUUUUUUUCAAAGUGUAAGAAAUGCAUGUUGGUUUUAACCAUACUUGUCUUAUUGUUAAGCCGGCCGUCCAAACAAAUUUUAGCUGUUUUAUUGGUGUACUAAUGCCUUGGAUUGUACCUAUUUAAAUAACAAAUGUUUUUAUUUCAUAAAAUACAAGCGUAAGAUAUUAUCUCCAUGGGGAAUUUUAUUUUGUGAAUUUAGGGUUAGUGCGAAAUACUCCAUCUCCUUUUUGAGAAAAAAUAACCGUUCAAAGGCAGUGAUCUACAAUAAGCUAGUUAAUUGUACAGUUCAUUUUUGCUCAAAUGUUAUUUGCAAUUUGUGUUCCUUUUUAUACUUCAGAAAUAAGAUAAGCUGUCUAACCGACCAGGUUGAUUUCAAGUGUUUUAUAAAUAUUAUAUGAAGUAGUUUUUAGCUCACCUGAACCAAAGGCUCAUGGCUAGCUUUUGUGACCGUUCAAUGUCCGUCGUGCAGUGUCAGUCGUUCGUCCAUCAACAUUCUCUAAAAAAAAUUCAUCUUGAAAACCACUUUGCAGAAUUACACCAAACUUAAAAGGAAUGAUCCUUGGGUGGUCCCCUUUCAAAAUUGUUCAAAGAAUUGAAUUCCAUGCAGAACUCUGGUUGCCAUGGUAACCAAAAGGGAAAAAAGUAUUCUUGUCCAAAACUUACAGGCAUAGAGCCUUGAAAUUUGGCAUGUGACAUCAUCUAAUUGUCCUCUAUGAAGAUUGUUCAAAUUGUGCCCCAGGGAUGAAAAGAGGCCCCACCCUAGGGGUUCCAAGUUUUACAUAGCUUUAUAUAAGAAAAAAAACAUCUAAAAUCUUGUCUGAAAAGGAAAGGCCUAGGCUUUUGAUAUUAGGUAUGUAGCAUUGCCUAGUGGACCUCUAACAGAAUUGUUCAAAUUAUGCCCCUGGGGUAAAAAGAGGCCCCAGCUUGGGGUGUCAUUUGUUAUAUGAAUUAUAUAGAAAAAAGAUACUUAAAAAAUUAUCAGAUCAUAUUUCCUAGACUGUUUAAUUAUAUUUACCUGAUGUACCCAAGUGAUUAUGACUCGCCUUACUGUGACCUUGACCUACAAACCUACUUUCUUUUUUUUUUUUUAAGAUACAGCCUUGAAAUUUGGAUGACAUGUACAGUUUUGCAUCCCAAUCUUAAAACUGACUUUCAGUGAUCAUGAAUUUCACCUACUGACCUACUUUCUAAUAUUUUAGCAUCAGUUUGUCAUUUGAAACAUGUGGCUCAUAUUACUCAGGUAAGCAAUUCAGGGUCAUCAUGACCCUCUUGUUUAUUUAUAUUUGUAUAGAAAUAUUUAUUUUAAAAAAAUGAAUUCAUGUGUCACAAAUCAAUUCAUUUCUCAGGUCUUUUGAAUAAAUUCUACAGGUUGAUUUAUGAUGUCCAAGAAACUAAAUAUGUCUCAUUGUUGCGCUAGCCGAACAAAUAUUAACUUAUUUUAUACAAUUCUUUUUUUUAUAUAUAUAUCACAUGAAUUCAUGUAUCACCCAUUCAUUUGGUAUGCAAGCUUAACAAAUUGUAAGAAAUGAAUUAUGGUUUUUACCAUAUUUGUUCCAAGAAACUGAACAUGUCUCUUUGUUAAGCCGGCCAAACACAUUUUAGGUCUUUUAUUAAUUUUUGUAUUGAACUAUUUUAAAAAUAUUAAGUGGAUGUAUCGCAAGUUUAUUUGUUACGCCGGCUUAAAAAAUUUAUCAUGGUUUUUACCAUAUUUGUUUAAAAAAAAAAGAACAUGUCUCUUUGUUAAGCCGGCCUAACAAAUGUUAGCUCUUUUGUUAAUUUAUUUUUUGCGUAGAACUGUUUAAUAUUAAGUGCAUGUAUCACAAGUUAAUUUGUUAUGCCAGCUUAACAAAGUGUAAGAAAUGCAUCAUGGUUUCUACCAUAUUUGUUUCAAGAAACUGAACAUGUUUUAUUGUUAAGCAGGCCGAACAAUUAGUUCUUCUAUUUAUUUUUGUAUAGAACUGUUUAAUAUCAAGUGCAUGUAUCAUUAAUUUGUUAUGCCAGCUUAUCAAUUUGUAAGAAAUGCAUUAUGGUUUGUACAAGCCGGCCGAACAAAUGUUAGCUCAUUUAUUUAUUUCUGUAUAGAACUGUUUAUAUUAAGUGCAUGUAUCACAAGUUAAUUUGUUAUGCCAGCUUAACAAAUUGUAAGAAAUGCAUGGUUUCUACUAUAUUUGUUUCGAGAAACUUAACAUGUUUCAUUGUUAAGCCGGCCGAACAAAUGUUAGCUCUUUUAUUUAUUUCUGUACGGAUUUGUUUUAUA